AUGAAGAUUGCUUGCAAUAAAUUUAACCCGCCGCUUGGUGGUCUGCUAGCCGCUGAAUUAUACAAAUCUUCGGGCCAGGAGAUCAAUAUCAGCUGGGGCAAUGAAUCGUCUAUAACACUGUCGAACUCCAAUAAACCAGUGCCAUAUGUGACCAGCAAUGACUUGAUUAGAAUUCUUGAAAAUACUUUCAAUAAAUCUUUGGAGCCUCUUCAGAAAGUCACUAUGAAUCAUUGGCUAUCAUUUAGCCUUACUUUGGAGGAUGAUAUACCCAAAUCGAUUCAGUAUCUAGACCAAACUUUGGGCCCAAUCACUUAUUUAGUUGGGGAAACUUUAACAGUGUCUGAUUUGGCAGUUUUUAGUGUGUUACAUGUAUCUGCUAAAUUUAAAGAUGUCUCAAAGAAAAAUCCUUCUAAGAAUGUUCAGAGAUGGAUGAAAUUGAUUGAGUCUCAGCCAUGUGUGAUUAAGGCAUUGAAAGCAUUACCUGCAGAAGUCCUAGACACAUUGAAUAAGUCCUCGUCAAGAAAGUCACCAUCUAGCAAUGAAGCAGGAUCAGGUCGGCAACAGGAGGGCAAGUUUAUUGAUUUGCCUCAUGCAGAGAUGGGGAAGGUGGUAGUGCGCUUCCCUCCGGAAGCUUCUGGAUACCUACAUAUUGGGCAUGCAAAAGCAGCACUACUUAAUCAGUAUUAUCAGGUUGCUUUCCAAGGGAAGCUGGUGAUGAGGUUCGACGAUACCAACCCUGCUAAGGAGAACGCCGAAUUUGAAAACGUAAUUUUGGAGGAUGUCGCUAUGCUGGAAAUCAAGCCAGAUAUGUUCACCCACACAUCGCAAUACUUCGACCUCAUGAUGGAGAUGUGUGAGAAACUUAUAAAAGAGGGUAAAGCAUUUGUAGACGAUACCCCCGCUGAGCAGAUGAAGAACGAGAGAGAACAGAAGAUCGACAGCAAGAAUAGGAACAAUUCCGUAGAGAAGAACCUCCAACUGUGGGAGGAGAUGAAGAAGGCUACAGACGUUGGAGUGCAAUGCUGCGUACGAGCCAAGAUCGACAUGCAGUCAGCCAACGGAUGCAUGCGUGACCCAACCAUCUACCGCUGCAAGCCCGAGACACACCCUCGCACUGGAACACAGUACAAAGUAUACCCAACAUACGACUUCGCCUGCCCAAUUGUGGACUCCAUUGAAGGCGUUACUCACGUGCUCCGUACCAUGGAGUAUCAUGACCGAGAUCCACAGUUCUAUUGGUUCAUAGAAGCUCUAGGAAUCAGAAAGCCUUACAUCUGGGAAUACAGCCGAUUAAGCAUGACAAAUACAGUGCUGUCUAAAAGAAAACUUACUUGGUUCGUGGAGCAGGGUCUUGUCGAUGGAUGGGAUGACCCACGCAUGCCGACUGUACGAGGUGUACUCCGGCGCGGUAUGACCGUGGAAGGCCUGCGUCAGUUCAUACAGGCUCAGGGUUCCAGCCGAUCCGUCGUGUUUAUGGAGUGGGAUAAAAUUUGGGCUAUUAAUAAGAAGGUAAUCGAUCCUAUAGCGCCCCGGUACACCGCGCUAGAAUCAAACCCUGUACCCGUCAACCUGAAGGGCGUCUCAGAGAGUACUUUAACCGUGGCGCUGCAUCCAAAGAACGCGGAUGUUGGCAACAAGCAAGUGUGGGUCGCACCGAGACUGCUCAUAGACCAGGUCGACGCUAAGACUUUGAAGGAAGGAGAGAAUGCUACCUUCAUAAAUUAUGGGAAUAUCUUGAUUAAUAAGAUUCAUAAAGCUGCAGAUGGUUCCGUGACAAGCAUCGACGCUACUCCGAACCUAGACAACAAGGACUACAAGAAGACCCUCAAACUAACCUGGUUGGCCGACACGGAGAAGUCGUCCCAGGUCGAAGUCUAUUGCGUAUACUUCGAUCACAUCAUAUCAAAGGCAGUCCUGGGCAAAGAUGAGGACUUCAAACAAUACAUUGGACACCAGACAAGGUGGGAGGUCCACAUGAUUGGCGAACCGGAGCUGCUUAAGGUGAAAGUUGGUGACAUCAUUCAACUGCAACGUCGCGGUUUCUUCCGAGUAGAUGUAGCUCCGGCCCCUCCCUCCCCCCACACGUCGCGUGCCACUCCCCUCGUGCUGUUCCACGUGCCAGAUGGACACACUAAGGAGAUGCCGGGACAAGUAAGUGUUCUUUAUCUUUUCUCUCCUUUGGUGGCACUUCAAGGAACCCGAAGAAGGAAGAUGUGGCCAUACCGACUCAAAUCGACUGAAUCCAUACGAUAG